AUGCUGCUCCAAAUCCUGUCAAACCUGUCCAAAAAUAAGUCAAAAUUCUGCACAAAUAAUGCCAAAAACCUGUCCAAAAGCAUAAACCCAGCUCUUCCAUCACAAAGCCCCCUAAUCGCCUACAAUUUCCUCUCCUCACCGAAACCCCUUCAUCUUCGCUGUAUACGAUACAAACUUCUCUUCAAACAUCCACUAACAUUCCUUACCCACCUUCCUGCAUCAUCUCUCUCAUUAUUCCCUCCGCCCACGAGUAUUGAACUUAUUCACCAUUCUAAUACAGAAGUGGCUGCUAACACACUGCCUGCCAUUCCUUUGCCUUCUCAGUCAGCUGCUACUUCUGUUUCUGUACCUAUUCAAGCAAAAGGACAUGGGAAGAAAACUCAGAGUGGUCGUGAAUUGUCUAGACGUAGAGGGAAGAAGCAGGUUGUGAUGUCACCUCCUGUGCCUGAUGGUUCUGUUGGUCCUGAUGCCAAGGCCAACAUGCUGACAGAUUCCACAACACCAACGAAAAACCAACAAACCCAAAUAAAUGACAGCAAAACUCCCAAUCACCAUUUUCAACUUCCCGUCAACACCACCUCCCUCUCGUCUCCGCCUAGCAACCUUCUUCAACCUUCUAAAAUCCACACACAGUUCUAA